AUGGCUGAGAAGGCAUCUCACUCAACAGGGGAACUGCAACCAGCCCCGGAAGGAUUCUCUGGUCAAAUGAACCGAAUUUUAAACGAAUACGUGGCAAUUUAUCGAAUUAUACUAGAAAGACAAAAUAGUGUGAAUGAGUCUAAAUUGCAAUCCGGAGGCUGCAUUUUCCCUUUCCUCAGUUCAACACACUACAUUCCUGUCCCACCACCUGCUGUUCUUUCCAAUUAUCUUCGGAGUGAUGCCGAACUCCGAAGAAUGGAUAAUCGAAUUUUUUCAAGGCCACACGGUGGAAAUGAAAAUGUUGCAUCGUUGAUAGAUGUUGAGAACACUAUCGUUGAGGAGCAGAAGACUUCGAAUUCGGAUCAAAAUAUAACGACAAAGGUUGACACUGACCAUAAAACGCAAUCAUUUAAACGCAUCCAUCAUAAUUGUGAAGAACCUGGGUUUCAAGGUCGUCUCAUGGAGGAGAAAGUGUCAACAGCCUUUAGUUACUAUGUUAACAAAAAGGUGCCGUCUCCUCGUCGGCGUCCCUAUACCGCUUCAGAGUUGGCUUCUGCCGUUCGGGCCAUUUGUUCUGGUCAGUUGGGGACCCGUCGGGCUGCCAGUGUCUAUGGAAUACCCCGCUCCACUCUACGAAAUAAGAUUUGCAAACUUAAUGAAAUUCGUAGACAUGAAGAGAGUAGACGUGGGGGGAGACACAUUCCCCUCACUGAAUUAAUUAAACAGUACUCUUCCACUGGGACUUCGCAGAGUGACAGAUAUUCGUCCAGCAGAGUAGCUUCCGUAUUUAAGGUAAGUUGA